CAGUAAGUGAACGUUCACCCACGCACUCCGUUCUCCACCUACACCUUCACCUGUGGGUCAAGCAAUGCCCCGCUCAACACAGGGGCGGACCUAUAGGGGCAGGAGAGGCCAUCGCAAACCAAAGGUGAAAAGAAAAAAAAAGUUUUUUUUAAUUUGAUCAGAGUAACAUAAUGGCAGUAGCCAAAAAGAACUACGCCAGGUCUGAGUAAAUCCCGCAGGCAGCUUUGGGGCUGGGGGACAGAGGAGUGGAUCUCAAAGCGUCUGACCCAGGAUUGAGGCAAUUCUCGGCAGAGUCAGGGUAGAAGCAGCACAGCCAGCAGAUGUCUCCGGAGGGGUUGGGUGCCUCUGGGUUUUUGUUGUUGUUGUUGUUGUUAUUUGUGGGUCUUGUGUUUCGUGGGGGGUUUUUUUGUUUGUUUUUUACUUUUUGUUUUUUGCAAGCACCUGCUUCCCGCCUUCUGCCAACAGACCGGACGCCAUGUGCAAAUAUGGCCGAAGGUGGCCGUCACCCAUCCUUCAGCUAUAGUAAUGGGGCCAAACAUGGGCACGUGACCAAAUAUGGCCAAUCACCGCCUCCCACUUCUGUGCCUGACCACAAGCGGUCCGCGUGGGGUCAUGGGACCCAAGCAAGGCCAGACAAGGCUCGUCCUACCUGGACCUGGAGGAAAAGUUGCCUCAUCCCCACUCUCUGGCGUCCAGAGAUACCCGCGAUCUCAGAGACUGAGGUUAAUAAGCUGCAAGAGGGAGACAUGAGCGAGGGGGUGGGGUGGGGAGGACGGAAAGAGUCCGGCGCUAAUUUCGGACCCCAGAGCCUGACGGGUCCCGGAUCCAGGAGCAGCUCAGUGUUGCCCUUUCUCCAUCGCAGCUGCCAGAGUAGCGAAUCCCUGAUUGUACUUCAGAUCAGUUCCGGUGUUUGUGCGACCCAGAGCAUCCCCACUCAGGACGUGGGGACUGUUCCCUUGGUGGAUUGUGUGAAACCGACAGGGGUGGGUUAUCCUCGGAACUCAUUCUCCCCCCCCCCCCCAGGUGUGCCUGCUGUGCUUGAGACUACGACAACCCCCAGGCACGUCUCGAGGCACCGCCACAACGCACCGUUAGUUUCCCACUGGAUCAGAGCUACGUCCUUGGACUUGACGUCACACCCUUUUCCUGCUUGCCUCGGUCUCCCCAACCUCGCCUCCAACACACACCCACUUCUCCUCCCCACCCGGCCCUGCUCUCCGCCAUGGGCCGGGCAGGCAGCUUAUCCUGGCCAAGCUCCGAUGCCUGCCAUGUUGUUUGCGGUGAUCUGUUUAGGGCUGUCCCCUCCCCCCACCUCUUGAGCCUGGGGACCCUGGACAUCUUUGGGCACACAGUAGGCAGGCAGCAAGCGUGGGAGGAAGGGAGGUGGGGAAGGAAACUUGAGGGGAGAAAGGGCAGUUCAUUCCUAUUUGUUGUGGUCCAACCACUGGGUCACUGGCAGGGUCAAGUUCUGUGCUUCUUUCCUCUGCCAGAUACUCUCCCUUCAGGUGGACACACAGCUCCUGCCCACAUCGCCUUCAGGGCUCUACUCCAGUGUCACCUCCCCAUGCCCCAGCCCCCUUCUGGACACUUGUCUUCCUCCCAUGUUUUCUUGUUCUCCUUGGCCCCCUCCACCACCGCGGGUCUUUCUCUAUGUUCCAUUUAUCUUACAUACUUAUCCCUCCCACCUCAGGGAUGUGUACCGGCUCCAGGAGGUCAGGCAUCUUUGUUCUCCGCUGUCCCCUCAGCACCUAGACCUGGGCCUGUCACCAAGGACAUGCUCAAGAAAUACCCGUGCUGUGAAUGAACGAAUCUUUUGUGUUCCCCCCAAACACACAGGCCAGCCAGUCUUUCUUUCUUUCUUUUUUUAAGUUUAUUUAUGUAUUUUGAGAGAGAGAGAGAGAAAGAAAGAGAGAACAUGAACAGGGGAGGCAGAGAGAGAGAGAAUCCCAAGCAGGCUCUACACGGCCAGCGCAGAGCCCGACGCAGGGCUCGAACCCAUGAACCCUGAAAGCAUGACCAGAGCCGAAAUCAAGAGUCAGACACUUAACCUACUGAGCCACCCAGGCGCCCCCAAAGUUGUUUCUUAAAAUACCUCUGUGCUUCCUUCUUGCAUUUUAGAGGUGUUAGAAAAGCAGGCGUAGUGUUAGUUCCCUAGGGCUGCCGUAACAAAUGACCACAAACCAAGAGGCUUACAAUGACAGAAAUGGAGACUUUCACAGUCCUGGAGGCUAGGAGUCCAAAGUCUGGCAGGGUCACAGGCCCCCCCCCCCCCCCCGCCCCGGAGCUUCAGGGGAAAAUCUGUACCUUGCCUCUCCCAGCUUCUGGUGGCUCCCAUUGUCCUCGGCCGAUGGCCCCAUCAUUCCAAUCUCUGCCUCCGUCUUCAUGCUUUCUAACUCUGUGUCUGUCUCCGCUUCUUUCUUUAAGGAGGCACAUAGUACUCAUCUGGAUAAUCCAGCAUAAACUCAUCUCCAGAUCCUUGACUUAAACACCUCUUUUGCCACACAAGGUAAUGUUCAUAGGUUCCGGUGACGGGGAGGGUAGACGUAUCCGGUAAAUCUCUGGGACCCACCAUGCAGCCCACCACAGAUUAUUUGCAUUAAGAAGCCAGAGAAGCAAGGAUCCCCACCACUACUUCAUUGGCCUGCCAGAAAGGUAAGGAAAGAGUAUUAUUACCCUUUUAUAUUGUUCCUGAGUGUGGACUUCAUCUUAUUCAGUUGUUUAAUGUUUGUUUCUUUUUGAGACAGAGAAAGAGGGCAAGCAGCGGAGGGGCAGCGAGAGAGGGAGAUGGAGAAUCCGAAGCAGGCUCCACGCUCUGAGCUGUCCUCGCAGAGCCCGACGUGGGGCUCGCACUCACAGACUGCGAGAUCAUGACCUGAGCGGAAGUCGGACCCUUAACCGACGGAGCCACCCAGGCGCCCCUGGACAUCGUUUUAAAUACACUAUGUUAUGUCAUUGCCCCAAAUUGUAAAAAUAAUACCAUGCCCAUGGCAAGAAAAAUAGUACAGAAGAGAAAAAGGUGGGAAAUGAAGGACCCCCUUGGCGAUUUCUCUUUAAUUGCCCUUUCUAAAAAGUAGCCACUGUAUUCAGUUUGCAUAAUCUCCAUACAUUUUCAAAGCAUGUUCAAGUGCACUUUUUUUUUUUUUUUUUUGCUCCUAACGUCAAGAGAGCCGGGGGCGUUCCAAUGUAUCUUGAAGACGUGACAGCCCAGACCCACCCCAUUCUUUCUAAUGACUUCUAGCAUUGCACCAUACGUCACCUGUCCCCUACCGGCCAGCAUUUCACUUAACGGCAGGAUUUCGCCAUUAUAACAUACACUCUCUUUGGCACGGAUCUAAGUACACUCCUAGGAUACAUUCCUAGAAGCGAGAUUUCUCAGUCCAGAGCAUAUGUGCAUUUCUAAUUCCGACAGCCGCUGUCCGGUGCCCAUCCACAGCGCAUGCGCGGGGUGCCUGUUUCCGCACCCUCACCCGCCCCAUCAAGGGCACAGUCCGUCAGGGGAAGCAAGUCCCAAGUGAGGUACGCGGGCUUCCCACGUGGCCUCGGGUGAGGUGGACGUGGCCCCUGAGCUUUCGGGGAUGAUAACCUGUUCAGAGUUCUCAUCAGCUUGGGUUUUAUAAACAAAGGCAGAGUCUGGGGAGGGGAGCCAGAACCGUGCAGGGAGAAGCGUUGUGCAGCUCAGUAUUUAUUUCUUUAGUGCAGUUAGAACUUAAAUAUGGUCAAAACAUAUUCUUCUUUUAAUUUACACAAACAAAUAUGUUCCCUGGCUGACACCUCCGGUGCCAAGUUUCUAGGAGAAAUGAAAUUCUGCUGGGAGAUUGUAAACCAACCACUUGGGAGAAGAUGGGAACAGAAAAGCCCCUGCAAGUUUGCUUUUCACGUCCAGAACUGGCUGCUGAGAGGUGUCUCUUUCUGUGUUCGCUGCAGAUAAGCCCGCCAGUAAUUUUAGCGAAUGAGCCGUGGCACACAUAAAGGCCAGAGGAUGGAAACGCUCCGGGUUUUGAUAAAAAAGCAGUUCUGGCUCGGCUCCCUCCUGCGAGUCGCGCAAAGACCUAUCCGGAGAAGGGCUGAUGAAUUGAGGAACAAGAAACGAGGCCAACCCCCCGUCUCGGUGGUGAAGGCGGUCACUGAACAGUCAUCGAAUGGCCCAACCAAUGCCGCCAUCACCUCGCCUGGGCCUCCGUCUGAAAUCACAGAAACCAUCUACAGCCACCCCGACCUCCAGUUCCCAUUUCAGACAGGCUGGCAUCCGUGAUGUCACAUGACAGAAGAUGAUCCCAGGAAAAGGUUGGCCAAGAGGCUCCUGGAAGGAGCUGUGGCAGCCAGGAUCCGGGAGGGAGGGAGCGUUUUCUUUAAUCAUUGGACCUGUUCUGCCCCUUCUUUCUUGGCCCUGUUCACAUCUGAACACAUCAGCACCAGCUCAGGGGGGAAGAAAAACCAAAACAAAAUAUAAACAAAACACGAGCCCCAGCGUUUGAGACAAGAUAGCUGGCUGGUUCCCUCUGGGCUUGUAAUUAAUGCUGCAAACGUUCCUGACUUGCCUUGGCCGCAAGGUAAUCAUAAAACUGCGCUGCCUGAUUAUCUGC